AAGGAACAGAAUCUCCUCUUUCUCCUCUCCAUGACUGCAAAAUUUCCUCUCAUCCCCUGCGAAUGCCAAGCUUGGGACAACAGCAACGGAGUUCAUGGUUUUGGUAAAUAUUCUUAAAUUAUUUGUUGAAAAGGAAAUAUAAACCAGAAGAAGUAAGAAAUUAUUAGGAGAGAUUAUUGUACGAAUUGCUGAAUCGAAGACCGAUAAAUCGGUUUUACAAUUCAUUUGAGCUUUACUGAUUCAGGGUUUCUGGAAGAAGAAGAGGUUCAGAAACCCUACAAAUCUCUGAAAUUUAUCAUUUUAAUCGUUUUCGUUUACGUUCCGAUCAAAACCCUAGGGUUUUUCCGGGUACUAGGGUUUGGUGGCGAUGUCUGCUGGUGUUUGCGGUAAGCGGCUGGGGUUCGAAGAAAUCUUCGGAUCUUCUACGCCGUCUUCAUCAGCUAAGAGAGCUAGGUGUUCGACUUUUGGUUCUCCGAUCCGCUCUUCUGAUUUCGGGUUAGGAUCUGAAGAUAAGGUCUCCAUCUUACUGCGAAUGUUCCCUGCCAUGGAUCGGGAGUUGGUGGAAACUGUUCUAAAUGCAAAAAAUCAAAAGAUUGAUGAUGCCAUUGAGAGCCUGAAUGCACUUUGCCUCAGCAAUGUCUCUGGGGAAAAUGUUCCGCAGAGCCUUGAUUCUAUGUUGGUUGCUAAUGGACCCGAUGCUUCAGGCGGUGAAAGUUGUCAGACAUCUGAGCAGAAUGUUGAAGAAUUACAUAGCAAAACUUCAACUUCUGAAUCUAUAAACCCCAAAGAUGGGUCUGCCUGGGUGGAUGUUUUUGUGCAAGAAAUGAUGAAUGCUGCGGAUCUUGAUGAUGCCAGGAGUCGUGCCACUAGAAUCUUGGAGGCUUUCGAAAGGAAUGUUGUUGCUCAUGCAAGGGCCUCAGAGGAGGAGCUCACUUCUCUUAGAGAGCAUCUGCACAGCCUGUUAAGGGACAAUCAAAUACUAAAGAGAGCAGUUGCCAUCCAGCAUGAACGUAAUUUGGAGCAAGAGGAUAAGGCGAGGGAAGUGCAGCAGUUGAAGCAUGUGCUUAGCCAGUACCAAGAACAGUUACAAACUUUGGAGCUGAAUAAUUACACAUUGAAGCUUCAUCUGCAGAGGGCACAAGAGAGUAGCUCUAUUCCAGAGCAUUUUCACCCAGAUGUAUUUUAGGGAAAUUUGUCUUCGUUCCAUACCUUCUUGUUCAGUUUGUGUUUUACUAUUUGUUCUUGAUACUCUCAGUAGGGAUGAACUUGCGUAAAAAGCAAGGUUCAUGAAUGUUAGAGUAGUCUCUGCUAGCCAGCUUUAAAAUUAAACCAUAUGCAGCUGGUGUAGAUGUUUCAGGUCUAGUUACUCAACUGGCAAUCAUCGUAUAAGCUUCAGGCUUUUCCGUGAAGUUGCUUGCAUUGCACUAAACGAUUACCUGUUUUGAUUUGCAGUGACCUAGGAAUAGAGCUUGUUGGCAUAGUUUAUGAUGUAAAUUUGAUGUGAAAGAGGGGUCUAGUUGACCUGUAAUAGUUUUUACUUUGUAUUUGCUUACUUUGAUGAAAGGAAAUGGUUUGGG